AUGCUUUCAUUACUCCUAAUUCUGCUUGCAACCCUCUCCCUAGCACAGUCCAGAAACAUCACUCUACCGCCAUUCAUACCGGUCCCAAAGAUCCCAUACAAUGCCUCCCUCCCACACGGCACCGUCCUCAACCACUGCUCUAUCCCAGGCACAAUAGCCCUCACCUUCGACGACGGUCCCUACAUCCACACAUCCCGAAUCCUCGACGUGCUCGCCCACCACGGCGUCCGAGCAACCUUCUUCAUCAAUGGCCGCAACCGCGGCCACAUAGACGAGUUCCCAGACCUAGUGAUUCGAGCCCACGAAGAAGGCCACCAACUAGGCUCUCACACAUGGGCCCACCCCUCCCUCCCAACCCUAACCAAAGACCAGAUGAGACGCCAGAUGACAGCUCUUGAAUCGGCCUUUUCUCGCAUCCUCGGCUUCUACCCGACUUACAUGCGAGCCCCGUUUUUGGCAACCAGUGAUGCCGUGAUGGAUGUGAUGGAUGAGCUUGGGUAUCAUGUUAUUGGGGCGAGUGUUGAUACGAAGGAUUAUGCAUUUGAUGAUCCUGAUACGAAUUGGCGGAGCUUUGAGAGGUUUCUUGAGGGGUUGGAUGCUGGUGGUACGGUUGUGUUGGCGCAUGAUUCGCAUCAGAAUACUGCUGAGAUUCUGGUGGAGAAUAUGCUUGCGGAGAUUGAGACGCGAGGUUUGAGUGCCGUUACGGUUGGUGAGUGUCUCGGUCACUAUCAGUGGUACCGGACCGAGUAG